CCUGAAUCGCGGGUUGCUAAGGUAUAGGAACACAGUACGCUAGUAUUCAUGGUUCGUGGUACGCUACAUAUAUACUUAUAUAACCUCUUCUCUGUAGAAUGCGCCGCACGCGCCUAGGUUUUCUCGAAAAUUUUCUUGUGCUCGUCCGGCGGCACGGCCUUGCGGCGUUGUCGUCGGACGGGUGACCUCCUAUCUCGCCGUUCAUCUUUGACGUGCGAGCAUGGUUUCGAUUGGCUGGGGGUAGUGGCAAUUGUAGCGACUAGCAGUGAGUGGUGGUAGUUUGUUUGGCGGAUGACUUUGGUUGAUCCAGUUUGCGUUGCAGGUUCCGAUCUGGUUGGUUGCUGGCGCAGAGUGCUGUUGCGGCGACCGGGCUCAUGGCCUCCGUUGUUUGAAAACAAUAGAAUUAAAAAAGCCAAGUUUUUGAAAAACGAAAAUAAGGACUUAUAUAUAAUAUCUUCCCACAAUACCGUGUCUUCUAUUCAUACAUAAUCACUAAGAAUCUGAGAAUCUGAUUCUUUCUUUCACACGACCACAACCUCUCCUCCAAGAUUUUGAGACUCUGAGCCCUAAGCCGCCAUCAACGUAGAAAGAGAUUAAGCCGCCAUGAGAGGAGUGCAUAGAGAGACUAAGGGCCAUGAGAGGAGUGCAUAGAGAGACUAAGGACGAUAAGAGAAGUAGAGAGAGAGAGAGAGAGCAACAUAUUGGGAACGCUCCAAGAGAAACUACGAUCUGUGAACCAAGCUUUGUCUGCUAAGGAAUUCAAGCUUCUCUGCUCCAAGUUGGCCUGUGUUUUCAGGAUAUAUGUAUAUAUAUAAGAUGGGGGAGAUUGUUUUGGGAGUUCUUAAUCCCGUAAUGCAACUUGGGGAGUGGAUAUGGACCCCUGUGAAGCUUAGGAUGAGUUACAUGGUUCAUUACAAGAGAAACUUACAGAUUCUUGGCCGUCAAUUUAGAAAGCUUGAGGCGAAGUGGAAUGAUCUUAAAGAAUCUGUGGAUAGUGCUGAAAUGAGUGGAGACAAAAUCAAGCAUGAGGUUCGAGGAUGGCUAACAGAAGCUGAUAAUGCCAUGACAAAUGUGAGAGAAUUGAAUGGUGAAGCUGGAGCAGGCGAAAAGUGCUUUAUAGGAUGGUGUCCAGAUUUGAAAUGGCGCUACAAUUUGGGGAAGAAAGCAUCGAAGCUGACAAAAACACUAAACAAGCUUGUAGAAGAGGCACAAUUUGAGACUGUUUCACUUGAAAUUCGACGACCACCUGAAGUUCAGGACUUAAUCUUCACUGAAGGAUUUGAAGCAUUUGAAGCAACUAGACAAUUAAGCCAUGCAGAGAGUCAUGAAUGCGCUGAAGAAAGAUGAGGUCACAGCCAUUGGUGUCUAUGGAAUGGGUGGCAUAGGGAAAACAACUUUGGUGAAACAAGUUGGUGCACAAGUGUGUAAAGAUGGGCUCUUUGAUCUUAUGAUAAUGGCUGUUGUCUCUCAUAACCCCAUGGUGAUGCAAAUUCAAGACCAACUUAAAGAUAUGCUGGCCUUGAAGUUACAUGAAACAACAAAAAUGGCAAGAGCAGCUAGACUGAGGGAGAGAAUUAUUAGAGGAAAGAAGAUCCUCAUAAUCUUGGACGAUAUUUGGGACACAAUAGAUUUGUCUAUCAUAGGAAUUCCUAGCCACGACGAGCUUGCAGGAUGUGGUUCCAAAGUCAUCCUUACCACAAGAAGAAUCCAAGUUUGUCAUGCCAUGGGGAGUCAAGUGAAGAUCCCUCUCAACCUAUUAUCAGAAGAUGACUCUUGGAACCUGUUUGUGAAGAAUGCUAGAAAGUCUUUUGAGUCGACGAAUUUCUGUGCGGUAGCAAAGCAAGUAACUAAAGAGUGUGGUGGCCUCCCAAUUGCAUUGAUAGCAGUUGCAAGGGCACUUGGAGAUAAAGACCAGCUGGAAGAAUGGCAAGAAGUGGCGCGACGACUAGAGAUUUCCCAACCUGCAAGUCUGGAUGGUGACGGACGCGUGCUCAAAUGUAUAAGGUUAAGUUAUGAUUACUUGAAAGGCAGGGAUGCAAAAUCAUGCUUCUUGCUUUGUUGCCUCUUUCCGGAAGACUCUGAUAUCUCAAUAAAGGACUUGAUGAAGUAUGGACUUAGGAAAGGGUUGUUUCGGGAUGCUGGCACAUUUGAAGAAGCCAGAAGCAGAGCGCAUUCGGUGAUCAACUACCUUAUAUCUUCCGACUUGCUUUUGGACAGUAAGAGGAUGAAUGCGUAA